UAAUUUAUAAUUUAUAUUAUUUAGUAUUCAAAGUUCUUUUGUAUUCAGUGGAUGUUACAAAUUUAAUAGUUUAUUGAAAAAUAGCUGAGGAUUUGAUAAUAAUUUAAACAAAAAUGUCUAAAAGAAAACAAGUCAGUGCAGAGGAAAAACGUACCAGAAUGUUGGAUUUAUUUCAUGAAAAAAAAGAUUUUUAUCAGCUAAAAGAAUUGGAAAAAAUUGCGCCAAAAGAAAAACAAAUAAUAGUGCAAUCAGUAAAAGAUGUCAUUCAAAAUUUAGUGGAUGAUGGUUUAGUUGACACAGAUAAAAUAGGAACAUCAGUGUAUUUUUGGUCCUUUCCAAGUAAAGCAAAAAUUUCUAAGAAAAAUGUAUUAGAUAAUACCAAAACAAAAUUAGACGAGUAUGAAAAAAAACUUAAACAAAACUUGGAAAUAAUUGAAAAAGAAAAAGCUAAGAAAGAGAUAACAGAUGAAAGACAAGCACUUUUAAGCAAACUCAAGACACUCGAUGAAGAAAAAUUGCGUUUAGAAAGUGAACUAAAAAAAUAUGAAGAUUCCAAUCCAGUUGAGUAUGAGCGUAUGAAGAAAAGCAUAGAAGUGGCUAAGGAAGCGGGAAAUCGUUGGACAGAAAAUGUUUUUUCAGUAAAGUCAUGGUGCAAGAAGAAGUUUUUCUUAGAAGACAGCGUCAUCGACAAACAGUUUGGGAUUCCAGAAGAAUUAGACUAUAUAGAGUAAUAAAUAAUGUUCAAAACAGUUCAUGUAUACUAUAUUACUACUUACCAUGUAAUUAACGUUCCCUUGGAGACGUGAACCAU